CCGCGUGACCCCCGGAAGUGCCUCGGGUUUCUACUUCCUGGGUCACGCCGGGGUUGAGCGAGCGGGAAGGUCGGACAUCAUGCAGGGUUUGUGUCGCCAGCUCGCCCCUCGCCUCGCACAGGGUAGCCAUCUGUUUAGGGUACCCGGCAAUGCUCAUGCAGUUAAUGCCGUUGUGCUACGGACCUACUCGGAUAAAGCUCCAUUGGAUGCAGAUGUGACUGUCAUUGGAUCUGGGCCUGGAGGGUAUGUGGCUGCUAUCAAGGCUGCACAGCUUGGCUUCAAGGUCAUCUGCGUUGAAAAGAAUGAAACGUUGGGUGGAACCUGCCUCAAUGUGGGAUGCAUACCUUCCAAGGCACUGCUGAAUAACUCGUAUUUCUACCACUUGGCUCAUGGCAAGGACUUUGCCAGCAGAGGCAUUGAAAUUCAGGGACUGAAGCUGAACCUGGAGAAGAUGAUGGAACAGAAGAGCGGUGCAGUCAAAGCUCUCACAGGAGGCAUCGCCCACCUCUUCAAGCAAAACAAGGUGACGCACGUUAAAGGGCACGGCAUGAUAACGGGGAAGAACCAGGUGACGGCCGCUUGCGCUGACGGCAGCCAGCAGGUCAUCAACACCAAGAACAUCCUCAUCGCCACGGGCUCCGAGGUCACGCCCUUCCAAGGCAUCGAGGUCGACGAGGAGACGGUGGUGUCGUCCACGGGCGCCCUCUCGCUCAAGCAGGUACCGGAGAAGUUGGUGGUGAUCGGAGCUGGCGUCAUCGGCGUGGAACUGGGUUCAGUGUGGCAGCGCCUGGGCGCGGAGGUGACAGCCGUGGAGUUCUUGGGUCAUGUGGGUGGCGCCGGCAUUGACAUGGAGAUCUCCAAGAACUUCCAGCGCAUCCUGCAGAAGCAGGGCAUGAAGUUCAAGCUGUCGACCAAGGUGAUGGCGGCGUCACGGCGCGCUGACGGCAAGAUCGACGUUCAGACAGAGCCGGCGAAGGGCGGUGCGGCCGACACGCUGACGUGUGACGUCCUGCUGGUGUGCGUUGGGCGCCGGCCGUUCACGGCUGGCCUGGGCCUCGAGGAGCUUGGCAUCGCUCUGGACAACCGAGGCCGUGUGCCCAUCAACAACCGCUUCCAGACGAGCAUCCCCAACAUCUACGCGAUCGGCGACGCGGUGGCCGGGCCAAUGUUGGCGCACAAGGCGGAGGACGAGGGCAUCAUCUGCGUGGAGGGCAUGGCUGGUGGCGCAGUGCACAUCGACUACAACUGCGUGCCCUCCGUCAUCUACACACACCCCGAGGUGGCGUGGAUCGGCAAGAAUGAGGAGCAGCUCAAGGAGGAGGGAGUGCCGUACAAGAUUGGCAAAUUCCCUUUCGCCGCAAACAGCCGAGCCAAGACCAACGCCGACACGGACGGCCUGGUCAAGAUCCUGGCGCACAAGGAGACGGACCGCAUGCUGGGAGCGCACAUCCUGGGAUCUGGUGCCGGCGAGAUGAUCAACGAGGCGGCGCUGGCGAUGGAGUACGGCGCGUCGUGCGAGGACGUGGCGCGCGUCUGCCAUGCUCACCCGACCGUGUCGGAGGCGUUCCGGGAGGCGAACCUGGCCGCCACCUUCGGCAAGGCCAUCAACUUCUGAGCAGCCAGUGCCACCGCCUGCGCGGCGGCUGCCCCAACGAUUUAAAACAUUUGCACACCGUGCGCAGCGUCGGCACGGCAAUGGGCAGUCUCGGCGGCGGAGUGUUGCAGGUCACCAGGUUGAAUGCAGAAAGGAGUCCCAAUGGAGCCCCACGAGGGAUGUAUGGAUUAUUAUUAUCAGAGCACCAUGCGCUAAGUUGCUAACACGAGCACCAUGACGCUACUGUUAAAUAUUUGGAUGUUAACGGUAGCACAAAUUUAAAAUUCAUUACUCGAUAUCUUGCCUCUUAAUGCCUGCAAGUCGUUAAAACAGCCCCAAUGCGUUUUUGUUUUGUAAUCUAUGUUCGGUUGGGGUUAUGGAAAAAAUAUUAAAUGCUGGCACAUCGUUUCAUUACCAGGAUGUUAUCAGUGCUGUACCGAAAUAAAAUUGUGAUUUCUGUCUUUCCCCGGUUAAAGCCGUCCACGCGGUUUGGCUUUAAACACCGAACCAGCAGUGCGUAGUCGCCUGGCGUGGUGUCACGACCAACACGCGUGACGACAGCGUUGAGAGGAUGUGCACCGAAAGCAGCGGUGGCUUUGAUCAAACUCGGAUUGAUCUUGAAGAAAGAGACCCUUCAUGAAGAUCUAGCAAUUUAACAAUCGUGGUGGAGAUGAUUGUACAUCUGAUAUUGUGCUGUAUUUUCCAGCGUGAAAGUAAAUCUAAGCGCUGAAAAAUGUCCACUCUUUAAUGGGCUCAACUCCAUACGUCGAGCGGAAAGAAACGUCCGUGAAAAAAAUGUACGCUCUUGUUGAUGGGUACCACUUGUAAAAUGUAAAUCUGACUUUUUGAUUCAUAUCCCCCAGGCAUAGGGGUUCUUGAGCGUUUCCAGUUGGCGAAUUAACUUCCGUCCACUCGGGUUUUGCCCAUGUCCACCGUGGUUGGUUCUCGUCUCUCUCAACUCUCUCUCUCUGCAUGUCUCUGAAAAUUCCUGGCUUUAUUCUCUUGCUUUAUUGUUUCCCGUUUGCGUGUUCUGUACGCGCUUUAUCCGCACAGGCUGACCGGAAAGCCCCCCUUGCGCGCUCGCCGCCCGGCUGUAAUUCUCUGUGGUGCCGUUCGGUGCACACCUUGAAUAAAUUAAAAUAUUUAAAGCCUC